UCCCCUCCCAAUCAUGUGAUUCAGGUGUUCCAAUCCCCUCCAUAUCAUGUGAUUCAGGUGUUCCAAUCCCCUCCAUAUCAUGUGAUUCAGGUGUUCCAAUCCCCUCCAUAUCAUGUGUUCCAUUCAGGUGUUCCAAUCCCCUCCCAAUCGUGUGAUUCAGGUGUUCCAAUCCCCUCCAUAUCAUGUGAUUCAGGUGUUCCAAUCCCCUCCCAAUCGUGUGAUUCAGGUGUUCCAAUCCCCUCUCAAUCAUGUGAUUCAGGUGUUCCAAUCCCCUCCAUAUCAUGUGAUUCAGGUGUUCCAAUCCCCUCCAUAUCAUGUGAUUCAGGUGUUCCAAUCCCCUCCAUAUCAUGUGAUUCAGGUGUUCCAAUCCCCUCCCAAUCAUGUGAUUCAGGUGUUCCAAUCCCCUCCAUAUCAUGUGAUUCAGGUGUUCCAAUCCCCUCCCAAUCAUGUGAUUCAGGUGUUCCAAUCCUCUCCAUAUCAUGUGAUUUAGGUGUUCCAAUCCCCUCCCAAUCAUAGUCAAUAGCUAAAGACCUCCAAACUUGGUGUGGCCUUCAGAUGAGCCCAACAACAGUGUGUAGAGAGCUUCAUGGAAUGGGUUUCCAUGGC